AUUCUAUCCAUUUUUCCCCUUGUGGAUAAAGCGCUAUAACGGAACCCUGGAAAACAGCUGCUGAAAGCAUCUUUUUUUCCACUUAGAAGAAUAUUACCUUUUAGUUUUUCUUUUUCUAAAUUAAGAAAAUAGUUCCGCUGAAAUAAUUAUUUAAGCAUCUUAAGACAGUGUUUUCUGGCAAACAGAAAAAGAUAUAGUUCAGGAAAGAAAGUGGAAAAACUCGCCGCUUGUUCAUAUUCUGUGGAACGCGUAAAGACGCACAGCGGAGCUCCAUGGCGCACAUUUGCAGGCAGCUGAUUGGCAUCGGGGGGAGCUGCGCAGGCUGGGUCGGGCUCAUCUUCGCCACCGCGACCAAUGACUGGGUCCGCACGUGCGACUACUCUGUGGCCACCUGCCUGCGCAUGGACGAGCUGGGCUCCCGCGGCCUGUGGGCUGAGUGCGUGGUCUCCCCGUCUCUCUACCAGUGCGUGUCUCUGGACCAGAUGUUCUCCCUGUCAGCGUAUGUACAGGUGUCUCGAGCUUUGAUGAUCUCCGUAUGUCUUCUGGGACUUCCUGCACUUCUGCUGGUCCUCCUGUCCACGCCGUGCAUUCGGCUUCCCACCAAUGCCACUACCACUGUCAAGAAGCGCAAUACCAGAGUGGGCGGCAUCCUCUUCAUCAUCAUGGCUGUGUUUGGCGCCGUUGCAACCAUCUGGUUCCCUAUAGGAGCAAACAAAACCGAGCACCUCAUGUCCUUCGGCUACUCUCUGUACGUUGGCUGGGCUGGAGCCGGCCUCUGUCUGCUGAGCGGGAUUAUCAUCCUGUGUUUCCUGGUUGCCCUCAUUGACGAUGAGUCCAGGGAGAAGAGCUUCUUCUACUCCAGGAGGGGCGGAACGGCCCGGGAGGUAGAUCGUCCCUCCAACCAUGCCAAGAGUGAACGGGUGUGAGCAACACGUCCACUCUUCUCAAUCCAGUCUGGUUUCUUUUCUGCCUUUUAUCGAAUAUCCUGAUUUAUUUUCUCUGAUGUGUGAUUUUUUUUUUUUUGUAUACAUAUAAUCAGUUGUAGACAGCAGAUGGUGAUGCUCAAAGGUUUUAAAAAAAAAAAUGUAAUAAAAGUAUGUAAAAGAAAUCCAAAUGUAAUUCUAGCUUAUUGUAAUAACUGAAACAACUAAGAGGCUUUCUGGUGGUAAAAAUAUUUUAUUCUAUUUUUUACCAUGUACAGAUUAAUUAUCCACAAAAGCUACAAAAAGUGUUAUAUCAAGUAAGCUAUUUUUGACCCGCCUAAUGUUUGUUUAACAACACAUUUAACAGCAUUUAGUGUUUCGCAGGAAGGAAAGUUUAAUGUUGAGAUUAAUCAUUUUUUUUCCUGUCUGGCAUCAGGUCAACAUAAAUAAACAAAACCUGUAAAGUUAGAAGAAUUAGAUAAAAUCAGCUGAAUAAUUAUCUUUCUAUGAUUUAUUUAACCAGUGAUACAUCAUUAACCUUUCAUUUAGAUUUUUAAUGGCUUUUUUCUUUUCAGUAUCAU